AUGGUUGCUAUGAUGCAUUGGCUCGCUGCUCUCACCGUGGCAGCCUCGGCCGCCUCAGGCCUGCUCAGCACAGACGACGUGCAAAUUGCCUGGCUCAGUCGGUUGCCCAUUCCCCGUUCUCUUGCGAGUACUGACCAUUCUCCAGGCGACGAUGCGCCCACUAUCAGCGUCAUCAGCCCCAACCUCACCACCAAGUGGUUCGACGGCAGCGACUUUGUCCAGAUCAUUGAGCUCUUUGUGCUCAACACGCACAAGACGCAGUUCCUCACAAAGAGCCAUAACCUCACGGUGACAAUCGCCUCGCCGUCUCUGGACACGGUCCGUCCCGGUACCGUCGUGCGCCUCGCCCCGGGCCAGCGGGCGCUGGUGCAGGUCGGCGUCCGGAACAAGGCCGGCGUCAAGGCCGGUGCGUCGUGCCACGGCAAAGUCACGGCCAUCGCCGGCUCGCAGACGGCGGAUGUGGCACUCGCGGGAUUUUGCGGCAUUGCUGAUUAUGAAAGUACGGCGGAGAGCUUGCUCGCGCACCGCACGCCUGACUGGUUUGACAAGAUCAAGUAUGGCAUCUUUAUCCACUGGGGCUUGUACUCAGUGCCAGCGUACGGCAACACGGGCAAGAAUGAGAAUUACGCCGAGUGGUACUGGAAGUGGCAGCAUAACCCAAAUGACAAGACGCAGACGUAUCAGUACCACUUGAAGACGUACGGCAAGGACCUCAACUACGACGACUUUGCCGCCAACUUUACUGGCGAGAACUUCAACCCCAAGGAAUGGGUUGAUCUCUUUGCCGAUGCCGGUGCCCAAUACUUUGUUCCCACCACCAAGCACCACGACGGCUUCGCCCUCUUCAACUUUUCCACGUCCAUCAGCCGGCGCUCCACCGUGCACUACGGCCCUCGACGCGACUUUCUAGGCGAGCUCUUUGCCGCCGCCCGGCAGCACCAGCCGCACCUGCGCCGCGGCACCUAUUUCAGCCUGCCCGAGUGGUACAACCCGCAGUACCGGCACGGCGGCAGCUUUGCCGGCGGGCCCCCGACAAAUCCCUACACGGGGCAGGUGCUGAACUACACGGGGCACGUCGAGGUGGGCGAUUUCGUGACGGACGUGCAGGUGCCGCAGAUGGAGGCGCUCGCGUACGACUACGGCACCGAGAUUUUGUGGUGCGACAUUGGCGGCCCGAAUGCGUCGGCGGGUGUCAUGGCCCGCUGGAUCAACUGGGCGCGCAAGAGCGGGCGGCAGGUGUCGUUCAACUCGCGCUGCGGCCUCCGAGGCGACUUUGACACGCCCGAAUAUGACCCCAAUCCGACGCAUCCUCUAGACCGAAAGUGGGAGUCGAGCCGGGGCAUGGACCCCUACUCGUACGGCUACAACCACGUCACGCCCGCCGCCCAGUACAUGACGGGCGAGGCCAUUGUCCGCUCCCUCGUCGACAUUGUCGCCAGCAAUGGCAACUUCCUCCUCGACAUUGGGCCCCGCGGCGACGGCGCCAUCCCGUCCAUCAUGCAGACCAACCUGCGCGACGCCGGCGCCUGGAUCCGCGCCCACGCCGAGGCCAUCUUCGACACCACGUACUGGGCCGUGACGGCCGGCGCGGACCCGUUUCGGUACACGGCCACGGCGGACGCGUUUUAUAUUCAUCACGUGGGGAGGCCGGCCAGUGAAGUGGCAGUUCCGGAUGAGGUGCCGUACUUGCCGGGGGAUCGCGUCACGGCGCUCGGCGGCGCGGCGGACGGGACUGAGCUGGGCGUGCGCUGGCAAGGGCUGGGGACCUUGACGCUGGAGCUCCCGCAGAGCGUGGUGGACGGGGAUAGAUAUGUCUGGACGUUCAAGAUUGAGUACGUGCUAUGA